CAGCCAGUCAGGAGUCCAUCACUCUGACAGAAAGAGAACCUGUCGUCAUGCCUGAGCCAGAGUUUGAAGGAGCAGAUCUUCAGGAGUCCGACAUGAUCGAGCUACUGCUGGAGCAGCCAGAUCACUUUCUUGAGCGGCACAAAUCACUGGUGUGUCAAGCCAGGAAGUUGUCCUGCUGCCUGAGGAGGAUUUGGGGCUGCCAAUGGAGAUGCCUGUGUUAGAAGAAAGAGAAAAGACGCCAGUAUCUGUGUCUGUACCCAUACCAUCCCCUCCGCCUGGUGAAGAGGAGGAAAUGGCCAUUGAACCAGAGAGAGAGAGGGCAGUGAGAGAGAGGAGCCCUCGUCUUGAGCCUGCUGUAGUGAGGCCUGAAUCUCCUAAAGAGCAGAGGAAGAGGAGGAGACAGCUGCUCUUCAUUGAUGAACAUAUACAGAUAUCUCAAGAGGAAAUGAGGGCCCAGAUUGAUGAUGUAGACACAGAGACCAGGCCUUUGGUGGCACUCAUCAAACGACCCUUAGAAAAGAGGCGUGCUAAAGAACUACUUGGGAACCCUUGCUUGAGCCUUCCACCUGAAAUCCUGGCGCUAUGGAAACAGGCUGCGGUCGUGAAGCCCAUCCCUCCAUCCUGGCAGCGCUGGGAGGUUCCCGUAGCUGAGGAGAUACCAGAGAAAGAGGAGGAAAGACCAGAACCAGCAGAGAGAGAAGAGGAGAGAGAGCUUAGCUCAAAAGAGAUUCCCAGAGAAAUGGUGGAGUCUGGCCUCCUUCAGGAAGAAACACCAGCCUCUUUGGUCAUUUUGGAGACACCAGAUAAGGAUUUUUCUCCACUCGAGACACCUGAAAUGAGACGAUCCCCUGUUCCGGAAAUUCAGUUUGGUCUAGAGGACAUCCCAGAGGAGAGGGUCCCAGAGAUGGAAGAUAUUACAAUGGAUAUUGAGGAACAGUUAAGGCUGCAGGAUGUUACUGAAGAUUUAGUGACCUUUCACUCUCUGCUGCCCCCUCAGCCCAGCCGUAGAAUUGUUGCCCAAAUAUUUUGGAGAUUGCUAGAGCAAACAGUUGCAGGACAGGUCACAGUGCGACAGGACGAGCCGUAUGGUGACAUCAUCAUUUCACAGCCAUAGAUCGGUGGUAAACUGAUGACUUGCCAUUGUUCUCAGACAAAACUGUUAUGAUACAUAUUCACAUGACUUAUUAAAUCAGUGUUCAUGUUUAUGAAUUUUUAAACAACUGAAAGGUCUUCAGUUGUAGUAACAUGUUAUUGAUGGUUUAACACAUUUUUGUCAUUGUUUAUUUAAUAUUGUGAUAUUUUUUAAUCUAUGAUAAACAAGUUUCGUCUUUUUAGGAAUGAAAUUAACUUAAGCAACUUUUCAGUGUUUUCUAUAUUAUUCUGAUGAUACCAUGUUUAUAACAAUAUUCCUGUU